CACCGAGAGUUUGCACCGGGACGACCGGACACUUUCACCGCUCUCUCCGGGCUUUACUUUGGGGUACCUGAAAGCACUGGGUCCUUUCAGCUAGUCAGACAGGAGCUGUAAGCAAAUGUCACCUGCUCGUAUGUGUUUUUAUAGCGACUAUUUUAGAGUCCUGUGAUCAAGCUUACCUGUGAGCGCGGAGCAGCUGCACACUUCUUCAACAUGGCUUCUUCCGCCACAGGUGACCACGAAGACCAGACUGAUUCAAAUGCCUGUUAUCUGCGCGCAGCUCGGGCCGGGAAUUUAGAGAAAGCUUUGGACUACUUGAAGAAUGGAGUGGACAUCAAUAUCUGCAAUCAGAACGGUCUGAAUGCUCUCCAUCUGGCCUCGAAGGAGGGCCAUGUGGAGGUGGUGGCAGAGCUCAUUAAGCAGGGUGCCAAUGUGGACGCAGCUACCAAGAAAGGAAACACAGCCCUGCACAUAGCCUCCCUGGCCGGCCAGACGGACGUGGUGAAGGAGCUCGUCACUCACAGCGCCAACGUCAAUGCACAGUCACAGAAUGGCUUCACUCCGCUGUACAUGGCAGCGCAGGAGAAUCACAUGGAUGUGGUUCAGUACUUAUUGGACAACGGCUCCAGUCAGAGCAUCGCCACUGAGGACGGUUUCACUCCUCUGGCGGUGGCGUUGCAGCAGGGCCAUGACCAAGUGGUUUCCCUCCUACUGGAAAACGACACCAAGGGGAAGGUGCGCCUCCCAGCGCUGCACAUCGCCGCUCGGAAAGAUGACACCAAGGCCGCCGCCCUCCUCCUCCAGAACGACCACAACGCCGACGUGGAGUCCAAGAGCGGUUUCACUCCUCUCCAUAUUGCGGCGCACUACGGCAAUAUCAACGUAGCAACACUCCUGCUUAACAGAGGGGCAGCUGUGGACUUCAAGGCGAGGAAUGACAUAACACCGCUUCACGUAGCAUCCAAACGCGGCAACAGCAAUAUGGUGCGACUGCUGCUGGAGAGAGGGGCCAAGAUAGAUGCACGGACCAAGGAUGGUCUGACUCCUCUCCACUGUGGAGCCAGGAGCGGCCAUGAGCAGGUGGUGGAGAUGCUGCUGGACAGAGGAGCUCCGAUACUGUCAAAGACUAAGAACGGCCUGUCUCCGCUCCACAUGGCAACGCAGGGCGACCACCUGAACUGCGUCCAGCUGCUGCUGCACCACGAGGUUCCCGUGGACGACGUGACUAAUGAUUACCUGACGGCGCUGCACGUGGCCGCACACUGUGGACACUACAAGGUGGCAAAGGUCAUCGUGGAUAAAAAGGCCAACCCUAACGCCAAGGCUCUGAAUGGUUUCACUCCUCUGCACAUUGCCUGCAAGAAAAACAGAGUCAAGGUGAUGGAGCUACUUCUGAAGCAUGGAGCGUCUAUACAGGCAGUCACUGAGUCCGGUCUGACUCCCAUCCACGUUGCAGCGUUUAUGGGACACGAAAACAUCGUCCACCAGCUAAUCAACCACGGGGCUUCGUCAAACACCAGCAAUGUGAGAGGGGAGACGGCGCUCCACAUGGCAGCGAGGGCAGGACAGUCAAAUGUGGUCCGAUAUCUGGUCCAGAACGGAGCACAAGUCGAUGCCAAGGCCAAGGACGACCAGACUCCGCUGCAUAUCUCAAGCCGUCUCGGGAAGCAAGACAUCGUCCACCAGCUGAUGGCAAACGGAGCGGACCCAGACGCCACGACCAGCUCCGGAUACACACCUUUACACCUGGCGGCCAGAGAGGGACACAGAGAUAUAGCCUCAGCACUGCUGGACAAAGGAGCUAGUCUGGACAUCACUACCAAGAAGGGCUUCACUCCUUUGCAUGUAGCAGCAAAAUACGGGAAGAUCGAGGUCGCUAACUUGCUUCUGCAGAAGAACGCUCCACCUGACGCUGCUGGGAAGAGUGGACUAACUCCACUGCAUGUGGCAGCACACUAUGAUAACCAGAAGGUGGCGCUGCUCUUGCUCAACCAGGGGGCUUCACCGCACGCUGCUGCGAAGAACGGCUACACACCGCUCCACAUUGCAGCCAAGAAGAAUCAGAUGGAGAUAACCACCACGUUACUGGAGUACAGCGCUUCCACCAACACAGUCACACGCCAGGGAAUCACUCCUCUGCACCUCGCAGCGCAGGAAGGCAACGUAGACAUAGUGACGCUGCUGCUGGCUCGAGACGCUCCUGUUAACAUGGGCAAUAAGUCCGGUCUCACUCCGCUCCACCUGGCUGCUCAGGAGGAUAAAGUCAACGUUGCUGAGGUCUUAGUCAACCACGGAUCUACAAUAGACCCUGAAACCAAGUUGGGUUACACUCCUCUCCAUGUGGCCUGUCACUAUGGCAACAUAAAGAUGGUCAGCUUCCUGCUGAAAAACCAGGCGAAGGUCAACGCUAAGACCAAGAACGGUUACACACCUCUCCACCAGGCCGCACAGCAGGGACACACACACAUCAUCAACAUGCUGUUACAUCACGGAGCAUCACCCAACGAGCUCACCUCUAAUGGGAACAGUGCUCUGUCUAUUGCCAGGAGGCUCGGCUACAUCUCUGUAGUUGACACACUCAAGGUGGUCACAGAGGAGACUCUGGUCACUCAGACUGUGACGGAGAAGCACAAGAUGAAUGUUCCCGAGACCAUGAACGAGGUGUUGGACAUGUCCGACGACGAAGUCUGUAAAGCCAAUGUUCCCGAAAUGAUCACAGAGGACUAUUUAUCUGAUGUGGAAGAAGGUGAUGAUGCAAUGACGGGGGACACAGACAAAUAUCUGGCCCCCCAGGACCUGCGGGAGCUGGGCGACGACUCGCUCCCUCAGGAAGGCUACAUGGGCUUCAGUGUUGGUGCUCGGUCGCAGAGCCUGCGUUCCUUCAGUUCUGAUAGGUCCAACACGUUGAACCGGAGCUCGUUCACGCGCGACAGCAUGAUGAUAGAGGAGAUGCUGGCCACCAAUAAGGAAAUGCAUUUGGCGGCGGCUAAAGACUGCGACAACGACUCCCUGAGGAGAUACAGCUGGACGGCAGACGCACUGGAUAAUGUCAACCUGGUCUCCUCACCAAUACACUCCGGGUUCCUGGUCAGCUUCAUGGUCGACGCCAGGGGCGGCUCCAUGAGAGGAAGUCGUCACAAUGGCAUGCGCAUCAUCAUCCCUCCUAGAAAAUGCACUGCGCCCACCAGGAUCACCUGUCGACUGGUCAAGAGGCACAAACUGGCAUCGCCUCCCCCGAUGGUGGAAGGAGAAGGCCUGGCUAGCCGAUUGGUCGAGGUCGGCCCGGCAGGAGCUCAGUUCCUCGGGCCUGUGAUAGUGGAAAUCCCCCAUUUUGGCUCGAUGCGAGGACAGGAGAGAGAGCUGAUCCUACUGCGCAGCGAGAAUGGAGAAAGCUGGAAAGAGCAUCUGUACGAUUGUAAGACCGACGACCUCAAUCAGCUCCUCAAUGGGAUGGAUGAAGAACUGGACAGUCCCGACGAGCUGGAGAAGAAGAGAAUCUGCCGCAUCGUCACCAAGGACUUCCCACAGUACUUCGCCGUAGUGUCUCGUAUCCGGCAGGAGACCAAUCAGAUGGGACCCGAGGGCGGGACUCUGUGCAGCCGGAGCGUCCCAUUGGUUCAGGCAUCCUUCCCUGAGGGUGCAUUAACCAAAAAGAUUAAAGUUGGACUGCAGGCCCAGCCGGUACCUGACGACACCGUGAAGAAAAUUCUCGGUAACCGAGCAACCUUCAGCCCCAUCGUUACCGUGGAGCCCAGAAGAAGGAAGUUCCACAAGCCUAUCACCAUGACAAUCCCAGUGCCGCCUCUCUCAGGGGAGGGUCUCACUAACGGCUAUAAAGGAGACUCUACUCCCUGCCUCCGCCUUCUCUGUAGCAUCACAGGUGGUACGUCCCCAGCUCAGUGGGAAGACAUCACCGGCACAACACCUCUCACCUUCGUCAACGACUGCGUCUCCUUCACCACCAACGUUUCUGCCAGGUUCUGGCUAGCAGACUGCCACCAGAUCCCAGAGACCGUGGGCUUGGCCAUGCAGCUGUACAGGGAGCUGAUCUGUGUGCCCUACAUGGCCAAGUUCGUGGUGUUUGCCAAGAUGAACGACCCGGUGGAGUCCAGGCUGAGGUGCUUCUGUAUGACGGACGACAAGGUGGACAAGACCCUGGAGCAGCAGGAGAACUUUGAGGAGGUGGCGAGGAGCAAAGACAUUGAGGUUCUGGAGGGCAGGCCCAUUUAUGUGGAUUGCUACGGGAAUUUGGCUCCUCUGACCAAAGCCGGUCAGCAGUUAGUUCUUAACUUCUACGCCUUCAAGGAGAACCGCUUGCCCUUCUGUGUCAAGAUCAGAGACCCCAGCCAGGAGCACUGCGGUCGUCUCACUUUCCUUAAAGAGUGUAAGACCAUAAAGGGCUUCCCACAAACCGCUGUGUGCAACCUGAACAUCACACUUCCUGCAGUGAAAAAGACUGAAAAGCCAGAGCGACGUCAUACCUUUGCAUCUCUAGCCUUACGUAAGCGCUACAGCUAUCUGGCCGAGCCUGCACUGAGCCCUCAGAGUCCCUGUGAGAGAACAGACCUCCGUAUGGCAAUAGUAGCCGACCACCUCGGACUCAGCUGGACUGAGCUGGCCAGGGAGAUGGAUUUCUCUGUGGAUGAGAUCAACUUCAUCAGAGUGGAGAACCCCAAUUCCCUGACAGCACAGAGCUUCAUGCUGCUUAAGAAAUGGGUGCACAGGGAUGGUAAAAACGCCACAACGGAUGCUUUAACUGCGGUGCUGACUAAGAUCAAUCGGUUGGAUAUUGUGACUUUGCUGGAAGGGCCCAUAUUUGACUACGGUAACAUUUCAGGCACACGCUGCUUUGCCGAUGAUAACGCAGUAUUCCCGGAUCAGUCCGAUGGAUACAACAACAAUAUAGAUCUGGAGCUGCAAUCCCCCGUAGAGCUGAACUACGAGCCCCCCACCCCACUGCGCUCAGAUGACUUCUUUAGCGAGGGCGGUCCCUUUUUAGACUCCCCUAGCAAGACCACCCUUACUAGGCCUAGCGAUCUCUCUCUCACUCAGACCACCAGUACCUCCAGCAGCAACCCCAUUACUGUUGCUCUAGGCCCCGGCUCCUCUGCCAUGGAGCCCCCCAUUGUUGGGGCAGAAGAUACAACUUUGACCUAUAGAGAAAGAGGGAUGUCUGCAGAAGAUAAUACAGGGCUGGAUUCUUGUGAGUGGCCAGAUAAUGACAGAAGGGCAGUAGAGGGGCAAGGAAAGGAGACAGAUGAGCAUGCUGAGGCCUUAGAGCAAGAAUUGAAGACAGGGCAGGAUGUUGUUUUGGAGAGUCAGGGAGAACACCAAAAAGAGGAUAUCGCCCCAGAAACUGCUCAUGGAAAUGGAAAGCAGAAGGAGGAGGCAGAAGAAGAAGAAGGAGGAGGAGAGGAAGAGAUGACCCAGGAGAGGCUGCUGAGUCUGCUGGAGGAUAUAAAGCUGGAGGAAGGCUUGGAUGAGGAGGAGAUAACAGAGGAGAGGGUUAAUGCCAUCCUCGAGCAAGUACGGCAAGCAGAAAAAGACAUGUCUUCAGUUUCAGGCUGGAGAAGCGAGACAUCCGGCGCAAUAAUAGAGUCCGCAAGCCCUGGCCAGAGCCCCAGCACUGACGAGGGGAGCCCUGACAGUCUAGCUGAUGUGCCGGCUCAGACCCACAAACAGAACGGAGGUCACACAGACGCAGCCAGGGAGGAGAAGGAAAAGGAAUCCAAGAGGAAGGGAUCUCAGGAGGACAGCAGCACAGCAGGACCAAGCAGAGGCCAGGAGAAUAAGAAGGAGGAGGGAGGUGAAAGGUCCCAGCACAAAGUCCAGGGAGAGGAGGCCAGAAACAUUCCUGGAGAGUCUGUGACAGAGGAGCAGUUUACAGAUGAAGACGGGAAUCUUGUCACCAGAAAAGUGAUCAGAAAGGUGGUGCGCCGUGUGUUCAACUCAGAGGCAAAGACGGAAAGCGAAAGUGAAAUUCUUACAGAAGAAGGUGGUGGUGAUGGUGGUGGUGAUGUAGCGACAGGUGGAGCAGAUGUUGCUUCUUCAGCAGGAGGAGCAGCAGGAGGAGCAGGAGCCACGGGGGGAAAGAGCAAGAAGAGGGGGAAGCGCUCCCGACAGGGCAACAAGGGCGAGAAGUCUGGAGGGGGGAAAACUGAGCCCGGAGACAGCGCCAGCAAGAAACAGGGAAAGAAGAGUCAUUCGUAACAGUGGAGCUCUCAACUAAACCUGGUCAACGGACGCCCACGUGCGUCUCCACACACACCCUGGGAGGAAAAACGGACUGGAACCCAUGAAACCCAAAGGGGAGCCUCGUCAAUGUCAAUCAGCCAAAAAAAAAAGUGUCUGAAGCUUUCACUUUACCAACGCAUGGUUUUCAGCGAGACAACGCAAAAAACAAGUUACUUUUAUUUGAUUUCGCAUGAGCAUGUCACCAAAACUCACUUAUUGUUGGGAAACAACACUGAAGGACACGCACGGACGUGAGCGGGAACUUUCUCAUCUUUUGAUGAAUGAACGAUAGAAGGCGUCUGUGACCAAAGACGGCACAAACAGAUAAAAAAGGCUCACUGCUGACAGAUAAAGGAAGACUUGUGAAUCACUUUUUUCUCAGACACUCGCCUUAUAUGGUCUAUUUUUUUCCUCCUGGACCCAAAGUAUUGGGGUGUACCAUGUGGUUCUUUUUUAAAAAAACAAAUGAAAUAUAAUAGUAAAUGGGUGAUUUUUGUUGUAUAUAAAUGACACUGUAUAAAAUCUACAAAAAAAAAAUGAAAAAAAAAAAUCAGUAGCUUCACAGAUUGUUUAUGCACUGAUUUGAGUUGAAGCUUUGCAGAGUCGGUGCAUUUGUAUUGAGAGGUCGACACUGUUUGAGCAGCCUUGAGUGCGUGAUCUGACUUCUUAAACGAAUAGAAAACAACAACAACAACAAUAAAAAAAAGCUGUAUGUAAAUUGAGAAGCGAAUGGGGGGAAAGAGAAAAAAAAAACUGCUUGAUUUUAACAAAAAGGAUAUUUCUUUAAAAAGCCAAACUGCUACUCCGCUCUGUCUGUGGAACAUUCUUUGUCUUCGGAGAACUGAUAUUUCGCUGCAUGUGACGUCACUUUAUUUUAAAGCUUUUACCUUUUUCUUUUUUUUUUCCUCCUUUUUUUCCUGCUCCUCCUAAUUCAAAGCACUGUAAUACAAUUAGUGAGGGUUUGAUGGUACUUCUGUUUGUGUGAGCACUCAUAAUAACCCAAACAUCUGUCAUCUAUAACUGUUUUUAUUUGAUUUUUUUUUACAAAACAUUAAAAAGAAAACACACAUGGUGAGAUAGUAAAGCUUAAUUCUUAUGCUUCAGAAAGGCACGCAGACCUGUGAGUGUGUAGCAUCAAAUUAAUAAAUACUGUCUCUCUGUAAACCCGUCAUCAUGAUAACUAGAAGUAUAAGUUUAGGCUUUUAAAGCCACUAUGGUUUUUAAAUGGGAACUGUUUUUAUUUUAAUGAUUUGAUGACUUUUAUCUUUUAUUUAAUUGAUUGUAUUUACAAGUGAACAGAGAAUCUAAUUUUUAGCCUAAUUACCUGAAUUUAAUCCUUUUUACUAUAAUUAGUUAACAAUCACACAAAUGAACAGUAUUGAUCACAAGCACUGGUAAUAAAAAAAUCAAAAUCAGAUUUUCUGUUCCUGUGUAAAUCUUUUUUUUUUUUUUUUUUGGUCGUCUUUUUUCAUACGAAACCACCCGUAAACAUCCAUUGUUGAUGAUGAAUCUGGUAACAACAUGUAUGACAAACCAACAUAGCCUACACUGGAUGAUCCAAGUAAUUAUUUAAGCAGAAAAAUAAAUUGUGUUUAAACUGAAA